AUCGAGCAGUACGCGACGAUGAAGACGCUUCACGAGGAGACGCUUCACGUGGUCAACCUGGUGAAUCUGCUGUUCAGGAAGGACAUCAAGACGCCCGUGACGAUCGUGGUCAAGCGCCUGUACGAUGCUAAGGACCCGUGGAAAGAUGAAGUCCCGAUCCAGGCAGACGGGGAGGCGGUUUCACUCAAGCUUCUCGACGCAUUUACAAACUGGCGAACAAAACUGUACGAUGACCUGCCGUCGCACGAUUCCGCACACCUCUUCAGCGGUCACGAUUUCGACGGGGAGACUGUCGGACUGGCGAACCAGAUUGGCGACACGGGCGUGAGCAUAUGCAGCGAUUACUAUUGCGGUUGGGAUGUCGGGGGCCAGAAGCUAAAACCUGGGUUUUGCUUCUGCGAGCAACUCAACGGCGUGUGCCAGGACAAGCUGAACUGUUGCUCCAUGGCCUCCACCGGCAUAUCGAUGGUGCGGAAAGAGAAGCUGGCGUCGGACGCGACGACGGUGGCGCACGAGAUUGGCCACAAAUUAGGAUUUCCGCACGAUGGGGUGAAGGAGGGCGGCGUCGACACCACCAGGUGCGACAAGACUGGGUACAUCAUGGCAGCCUCGUCGAGCUCCACCGAUGAAUUUGACAGUUGGUCGCAGUGCAGCGUGGACAAGUUCGCCGCGGCGCUCGAGGGUGACGAGUAUUUCUGCCUGGCCAAGGGAGACCACGCGGUGUGCGGCAACAUGGUGGUGGAGGACGGCGAGGAGUGCGACUGCGGCGGCUCGGAUUGCACCGCGGGAAUGCACCCCGACCCCUGCUGCGACGGGAAGACGUGCAAGCUGGUGGCGGGUGCGAAGUGCUCGGCGGGCCUCGGGGAUCGAGGAUGCUGCGACCCGAGCACGUGCUCGACGCGCGCGGCGGGUCACACGUGCAGGCCCGUUGACGGUCUGUGCGACAUCGAGGAAAAGUGCGACGGCGUCGAGUCCACGUGCCCGAUGGACCUGCACAAGGAGAUUGGUCGGGGGUGCGAGGAUUCCAACGGGGACGUGGGCGCUUGUCUGGGGAAGCACUGCGCGAACCGUAACCACGUGUGCACGAGCAUAACCCAAGUUCGCAGUGAUGGCCUACUGUAUGGGGGCAAAUCGGCGAGUCAGGCCGCGGGCAAAAGCUAUGGUGGCAAGAAGUUGUGGUUGUUCGACUCCACCUCCUGCGACAACGGUUUCGUAUGCUUCGACGAUGCCAACUCGGUUUCUCAGUCGACUUAUUGGACCCUGUCCAACUACGGCGCGUUGCCUGGGUUUCCGUGCGGCUCCUCGACGACGGUGACUCGGACGACGAACGGAACCAACGAGACAUACGAGAUUUUCGAGAACGUGUGCGACGGGGGACCGACAUUGAACGGGCAGAGCAGCAAAUGCGUCACGCGCCCGAAGAUGAUUCCGCCGCCGCCGGCGCCUUUUCCGCCCCCGUCGCCGCCCAAGGCGCCGUGGCCGCCCCCCGCGCCGCCUUUGCCGCCUUACGCCGGGAGUCCCGGGGUUUCGACAUUCCGGUCGACGCUCUUCGGCGUCAUCGCGGCGUUGGCUCUCCUGGCACAUUGACGACGCGAGGUAUCCGAACGCGGACGAGACGAGCAGACGACGCCCACGAAUAUAUAAAUAUGAGUUGUAACGAGUUGAUUCGUAAUUAUG